AUGGUAAAAACUGAAAUCAAGGAGAGUAUGUUUUAUUCUGUUCAAGUUGAUGAUACGACAGAUAUUUCGCAAAGAACACAAUGUUCAGUAAUUAUACUAAGAUAUAUAACAAAUAAAUCUGAAUUGGUAGAAAGGUUUCUUGGUUUCUAUAAUGUUAGUGAGAAUCGCACUGCCGAGGGUCUCUUCAACACAUUAAAUUCUGUAUUGUUAGAAUUUGGUAUGGAAAAAAAGUUAAUUGGUCAGUGUUAUGAUGGCGUGAGUGUCAUGGCCGGUCAUGUAAAUGGUUUACAAGUUAAAGUUAAAGAGGUUUCUCAUAAUGCGUUAUUUACACACUGCUUAGCGCAUCGUUUGAAUUUAGUGUUACAGCACGGCUGCAGUGCUAACACACAGUAUCGCAUUUUUUUUGCAAAUAUGAAUGGAAUUUCCGCUUUUUUUCAUAAUUCUACCUCGCGAACGAAUGUUGUAGAUGCUAUUGUUGGUAAACGCAUACCGCAAUUUGUUCAGACGAGAUGGACUUCUCGCUCAAUAAUUUUAAACUUAGUUGUAGACAAGUGGGACGAAUUUAAAAAGGUUUUUGAACAUAUUAUAAAAGAUUCAAAUUCAUCAUCUGAAUCAAUUUGUGGUUCAACUGGGCAUUUAAAAAAUUUAAAAAAAUUUGACUUAGCUUUUUUAGCUCAAACAUUCAACAAGUUAGAAGUAUUAUACAGCGAUGAAAAAUAUCAAGAUUUACAUCAUAUUUAUGAUUUAGUAAAAAUAUUUGAGAGCAGUGGAUUAAAAGUAAUUUUACCAGAAGUAUAUAAACUUUUUUCUUUAAUAUUAACUAUACCAUCAACCAGCGUAUCAGUAGAAAGAAGUUUCUCCUGUCUAAAACGUAUAAAAACAUAUUUGCGUAACAAUAUUUCCCGAAAUCGAUUGAGUUCUCUUGCUAUAAUUUCAAUCGAAAAGGAGUUAGUUGACCAACUUAAACAUACUGGAGCAUUUUAUGAUGAAGUCAUAAAUAUUUAUGCAAGUAAAAAAAAUAGAAGUAUUGGUUUACGAUAUAAAUCAUAA